AAUACGGAAAGAGGGAUAGACGGGUUCUAGUGUCGACAGAGACGAUGUGGAUCGUGAUUUGAUAGGUUGUAAAGAGAGUAUAGCGAGGCUGGAAAAUUUAGUAGUCAGGAUAAUCGUGAUUCGAGUGCUUUCAACAAAGACAUUGAUGAAAGAAUAUAUCUGGAGAAAUUGUUACAAUAUUACAGGAUGAAUGAACUUUGUAUAGUAUAGUGGUUCUCAGCCAGUGUGCUGUGAUAAUUUAUAGAUGGCGGCCCAGGAUCCAAAAUUUCAGAAGGAGGCCGCGGACCAAAACUUCGACUACAUGUUCAAGUUGCUGAUCAUCGGCAACUCGUCUGUCGGCAAAACAUCGUUCCUGUUCCGCUACGCGGAUGAUUCCUUCACCUCGGCCUUCGUAUCGACCGUGGGCAUUGAUUUUAAGGUGAAAACGGUCUUCAGACACGACAAAAGGGUCAAGCUACAAAUCUGGGACACGGCAGGCCAGGAAAGAUACAGAACGAUAACCACGGCCUACUACAGAGGCGCGAUGGGUUUCAUCCUAAUGUACGACAUCACAAACGAGGAGUCCUUCAAUUCGGUGCAGGACUGGGUCACACAGAUCAAAACUUACUCGUGCGACAACGCCCAGGUGAUCCUGGUCGGCAAUAAAUGCGACAUGGAGGACGAGAGGGUAAUCACUACCGAGAGAGGCAAGCAGCUUGCGGACCAAUUGGGCGUCCAGUUCUUCGAGGCAUCGGCCAAAGAGAACAUCAACAUCAAGACGGUGUUCGAGCAGCUGGUGGACAUCAUAUGCGACAAGAUGAGCGAGUCCCUGGACAAUGAUCCAACCCUGAUCGCGGGUGGAAUGGGCCAGGCGAAAGGUCAACGACUCACCGACCAGCCGACCAAUCCAACGGACGAUUGUAAUUGCUAAGAACGUGGUAACCCACCCAAUCGCUCUGCAAGCGUUCUAAAGAGGAUGACGAUGAACAAGAAGAAGAGGAAGAGAGGGAAAAGAAGAAAUAUUAGAAGAAAACGCGUGUAUGCCUGUAUAUGUGUGUGCGAACGCGUGUGCACGUGGCCGUGUGUAUGCAAAGUGUGUACCUGUGCGUGUGCAUGGGAGAAGAGGAAGCGAGAGAGAGAGAAAGAGAGGAGGAGGAAGGUCGAGUGAUAAACGCUGGCUCUAGUUCACUUUGUUCGUCGUUCCUUUUCAUCUUUGUUUCCGGCCGUUCUUCGUUCUACUCUUUUUCUUUCCUCCUUUCUCGAUCGAUAUAUUUAUAUAUGUGCACAUAAAUACUGUAUAUGCGCAGGGCGAACCGCGAAACUCGAUUAGCCAAAAAUUGCUUCUCGUUGGAGGACUCGAUCAUCGGGCUCUCGCACUGGAUACUUACAAGACACGAGUAUUUUCUUCAAUUUAUUCAAAGACCUAGGUUGUAGCAGGUUACACCUCAUGCCCAUUUUCUACCAAAGGUAUUAGUCUUUAAUAAUUGCAAUUAGUUUCUCCCUCCUUUCGAUAUUAACUCGAUCAACGACCAAGUUGAAUUAAAAUUCGACCCCGGUGUGUCUUAUUGUUAAUGAAAACUUCAUCGAGGGUCCCAUCUUCUGUAUACGAAUGUCCGUCAAGGGAUUCCUUGAGGCAGAAUGGUCAACUUCUUUUCAACGUCCAAACAGAUACUCGAGAAUCGACCCACUGACGAUUACGAGAACGAUUAGUCACGCGAUUCGCCCUGUAUACAUAUAUAAAUAUGUAUGACGGUUGUAGCCUGAUUACGCGGAGGUGCCAUCGAGCUAAUCCGAGUCCGAUUGCGAGCAGACGUUGCAAUCAUUUUCUUGGGUUCGACGGGGAAGCUCGAAGGGGUCAGGGGUCGUACGAAGCUUAGAAACAGCAACGCCGCGAGACUCGUCGUCGCGACGAGAAGAUUCGAGACACUCGUAGACACGCGUUCUUGUCACGCCAUUGGUCUCUACUAUGGAGUAAUACUUUACUCGGUUACGCUUCUGAGCAGCUACAUCUAGCAGAACAACUUUUCUAAACUCUGUUACUCGCAAUUCGCUUGCAUUCCAUCGAACCAAGCAUCCGCGAAGGGUCAAGUGUAUCAGAACUUCUGCUCGAUUCAUCGACGAGUAACGGUUGGACAAUAACGAAAGGGCUCGCCAUUUUGGGGUGAAACGAAACGAAAUGCUAAGCAUCGAGCCCAAUGUUAACGGAAGAUUUUCUCUAAGGUCUCGCUGCGAACGAAACAUCCCAACAGCGAGGAGAUCACGAGACGUGUUUCUUCGAAGCGUAUCCCGAGAACGAACUGGUCACAGCCGCCAUUUUUCAACCUCCUCUUCUCUAUUUUUACUGGAUCAGUUCAAUCCGGAUGUCUUGCGUUUCGAAGAAGCACGGUUCAUUGGAUAAUCGUUCACGAUUUCAAGCGCACCCGGAUCGAUGACCGAGAAUGUUCAACUGGAAAGCGACCUAGGAUCGCGUUAAGCCCCAUUCACGCUUGACGAAUGCACGCUAACUAGGGAAUAGGGUUGACACAUGAGGGGACUAGUGAAUCUCGCUGUGUCUAACGUAUCGUUCGGCAUGGUUCCUUGGACUUAUAAGCGAAGUCAGUUUCUCAAGUGUGAGUAGGGCUUUAACGUGCCGUGGACCUGGCGAGGCGCGCAGUGGACGCGACAAAUCGCAGCUCUGGUAACGAACGAAAAAUCGAAAUAUAUCUGUACGUGUGGUAUUCUCAAUGACGUUUCCUUUCUUCUUAUAGAGGAACUCGUUUCUGGAGGCUGUUCUCCCUCGAACCUAUCUCGACGACGUCGAUCUGAUGCACAACUUUAAACUUUGAUCCUCGAAGGCUCGUUCGAAGCUCGGGCACCUGAGACGAUGUUAAUAGAAUUGUUGCGACGGCUGAAGUACGUUGACGUGGACGCUCGGCACAUAGACGGGAUUUUCGAGCAACCCUCGAGCAACUCUCGCGAAAGCCUCGUCUUCCAUUGAGAGGCUUCCGCUGUUCUCGAGGUCGAUAGAUGCGCCAUCUCGCAGUGGCACGUCCCGUCGAACGUGUGUCGAUGCUCGACGGGAGAAUAGGGAAAUUUAAACGCGGAAAUGUAACGUAAAUGAUUCGUUGGGGAACGUCGGGGAAACUUUCAUUCUCACCACGGCCACGUCGUUAGACUAACGCGAAUAAUAGAAAAUAUAACGCAACUGCGUGGGAGUUACUGGGAACGUUUAGAGAGUAUAUUUCUAAUGAUAGGAGCGUGACGAGUUCGUAAAUGAUCGGGGGAGGUGAAAUGAAGGGAAUGGCGAGGAAUUUAGCCGAGAACUCCUUGGUUCCGUGUAAAAAUUCUGUAUCGGGCUGGUAGAGAUUCCGUUGUUUCCUACGAUCGCGUGACAAUAAGAGGAGAAACUUUGCGGAUCGAUCCGGAGGAACACCGAGGUUCCGAUAGGUGGAGCAAGUCGGCCAUUUUGCUUCGUGAUCCGUGCACGUCGGACCCCUUUCUUUCCGAAUAUCAUGUUGGAAGUUCGCACGGGCAAAGCAGAGAUUCGAUUAUUCUUGGUCCGUUCUUGGUCCACUCUUGGUCCACUCUCCAUUUUAUCUAUCGAACGGGAUUAUAUCUAUCGAUCCACCGAUUAAAGUAACGUAAGACAGACCAAAAUGGCGGAGUUUAGAAAACGAACUGGUUUGUAUUUACAGGGAUUUACUUCGAGGAACAACCAUCUACAGAGUCGAAUUUAUAUUAUUCAUACGCACGUUGAUACAUUCGAGUAACUCUUAAAAGUAAUUGUGGGGCAUUCCUUGAUUUUCUUCGUUGAACGAAGAGGCUUGUAUUCCAAGUUUUAGGAUUUUUUAAACAUUCCAUUAAUUGACCACGAAUCGAUAGUCGGGAAGGAGCAACAAAGCGCAUCGAUAUUUGGCGUCAAUUAUCAUCGAGGAAGAAAAAAAAACAAAAUGAAAAAAAAAAAAAAAUAUUAAAAAAGGAGAAAAAAAAAUGAAAAAGAGACAGCGUCCAAUCGAUUACUUCAGUCGUUGCUCGGCGUUACGAACCUACUAGGCAAGCUGCCCUCUGUACAUAAAGAAAUUUAUAUAAAAAAUACUUAUUAUAUAUUAUAUAUAUAUAAAUAUAUAAAUAUAUAUAUAUAUAUAUUAUUGAAUCUGUAAUGAAGUGUACUGUAAGCGUUACUUAUUCGUGUCAACUCAGAUACGACUCAAAAAGAAGUCGCGGAAAGCAGCCUGCGCCACCGUGUAAUCGAGAAUUAAAGGAACUAAACAGGAAAAAAAUGAAAAAAAAGAUUAAAAAAAACGUGAAAAAAAAGAAGAAAAAUAUAAUCUAUCGAUCGAAGAAAUUGUACGAUUGUAUCGAUCAGAUCGGUGAAAAAUAAAACUGUGCUGUUAACGUGGAGGUGUGAUGA